CACUACGACAAUAUUAUAGUGAAAAUUCUAUCAACCACACACAACUAUCAAAAACAGCACUUCAGAGUGUCAAAACGAUAUGGAAAGCUAUAGAUGAUGAUGCACCAGUACCAAUGACUUAG